CGAUUAACUCGCAAGGGAGAGGCGACAUUUUAUACCACGGGGCUAGGUUCAUGCGGAAAAACAAGCCGGAAUAACGAAAUGGUGGCUGCACUCAGUGGUUUGCUCAUGCUCUCUGGGAAUUACUGUGGUCGCAAAAUACGAGCUUCCAGUCAACAUGGAUCUGUAAUGCUUAAAGUCGUCGACACAUGUCCUGCAUGUGCUCCGGGCGAUAUCGAUAUGAGUCCCGCCGCUUUCAGAAAAUUGGCCAAACUGGAUGAAGGACGGAUCCCCAUUUCCUGG